GACACAAGGCUUAGCAACGUAAGUGAACACACUCAUUCUCUGCACGGCGUUCCUACAGGAGGUGUGUGUGUGCGAGUGCUACUCUAUUAUCUACCGCUCUAACAUAGAGUGUUACUCUAUUAUCUACUGGUCUAUUGUGUGUAUGUGGUUGUGAGUGCUACGUCGGACUCUCCAAACUCUGGGAUUAUUAUCACACUAACUAAUAUUUAGGUUGUCUAGUGUGAUCUGAGAACUUUGUUUGAAUUGAUUGGAAGACUCCGAAGUAGAGCCGUCCCGAGUCUUGCCAGCAGCCGCCGUCGAACCGACUUGAACCCGCACCCACACACACAGCCAACCAGAGCCAAGCAUGCCGAGGGUAGUGAAACAGGAGGGCGAGGACCCAGAUCCCACUCCCUACCUGUUCGUGUCGCUCGAACAGAAGCGCAUCGACCAGACCAAGCCCUACGAUGCCAAGAAGGCGUGCUGGGUGCCCGACGAGGCUGAGGGCUUCCUCCAGGGAGAGAUCAAGGCCACCAAGGGCGACAUUGUCAGCGUCACUCUGCCUGGCGGCGAGGAACGAAGCCUGAAGAAGGAGCAAGUGUUCCAAGUCAAUCCGCCGAAAUUCGAAAAGGUAGAAGACAUGGCCGACAUGACCUACCUUAACGACGCCGCAGUCCUUCAUAACCUCAAACAACGAUACUAUGUCAAACUCAUCUAUACAUACUCCGGACUUUUCUGCGUUGCUAUCAACCCCUACAAGAGGUUCCCCGUAUACACGAACCGUUGUGCCAAGCUCUACCGUGGUAAGAGGAGGAACGAAGUCCCACCCCACAUUUUCGCCAUUUCUGACGGCGCUUACGUAAACAUGUUGACAAACAAGGAAAACCAGUCUAUGUUGAUCACAGGAGAGUCUGGUGCGGGAAAGACUGAGAACACGAAGAAGGUAAUUGCGUACUUCGCCACCGUUGGUGCCAGCUCAAAGAAAGACGAAGAAUCUGCCGCCAGCAAGAAGAAGGGUACCCUGGAAGAUCAGGUUGUCCAGACUAACCCGGUACUUGAAGCCUUCGGUAACGCCAAGACAGUGCGUAACGAUAACUCCUCCCGUUUCGGUAAGUUCAUCCGUAUUCACUUUGGACCUGCUGGAAAAUUGGCCGGAGCUGAUAUUGAAACAUAUCUGCUGGAGAAGGCCCGUGAUUCGCAACAGGCCCUCGAAAGAUCUUACCAUAUUUUCUACCAGAUGAUGUCUGGAUCAGUUCCCGGAGUCAAGGAAACUUGCCUUCUGUCCAACAACAUCACGGACUAUUACUUCGUGUCCCAGGGAAAGACAACCAUCCCGAAUAUGGAUGAUGGUGAAGAGUUUAGCCUAACAGAUCAAGCCUUCGACGUCCUGGGUUUCACCCAGCAGGAGAAGGACGAUAUCUACAAGAUCACUGCCUCUGUCAUGCACAUGGGAGGAAUGAAGUUCAAGCAACGUGGUCGCGAAGAGCAGGCUGAAGCUGAUGGUACCGAGGAAGGUGAGCGUGUUGCGAAACUGUUGGGAGUCGAUUGCCAGGACUUGUACAAGAACUUGUUGAAGCCCAGGAUCAAGGUCGGUAACGAGUUCGUCACCCAGGGUAGGAACAUGAACCAGGUGUCCUACUCAGUCGGUGCCCUUUCCAAGGGUGUGUUCGAUCGUCUCUUCAAAUUCUUGGUGAAGAAAUGUAACGAGACUUUGGACACAAAACAGAAGAGACAGCACUUCAUUGGUGUACUGGAUAUUGCUGGUUUCGAAAUUUUCGACUUCAACGGAUUCGAGCAACUUUGCAUCAACUUUACCAACGAGAAGUUGCAACAGUUCUUCAACCACCACAUGUUCGUCCUGGAGCAGGAGGAGUACCAACGCGAGGGCAUCGAGUGGACCUUCAUCGACUUCGGCAUGGACCUGCAGGCUUGCAUUGAGCUCAUUGAAAAGCCCAUGGGUAUCUUGUCCAUCCUUGAGGAAGAGUCUAUGUUCCCAAAAGCCACCGACAAGACCUUUGAGGAGAAGUUGAUGAACAACCAUCUUGGCAAGUCGCCCAACUUCCAGAAGCCCAAGCCACCCAAGCCAGGUUGCCAGGCUGCUCACUUUGCCAUCGGCCAUUAUGCCGGCUGUGUGUCAUACAACAUCACCGGUUGGCUUGAGAAGAACAAGGACCCGUUGAACGACACAGUCGUCGACCAGUUCAAGAAGGGAUCCAACAAAUUGCUCGUCGAGAUCUUCGCUGAUCAUCCCGGACAGUCCGCCGAACCAGACAAGUCUGGCGGUGGUGGCAAGGGUGGUCGUGGAAAGAAGGGUGGUGGCUUCGCUACCGUCUCCUCCUCAUACAAGGAACAAUUGAACAACCUGAUGACCACCCUGAGAAGCACACAGCCUCACUUUGUGCGUUGUAUCAUCCCCAACGAAUUGAAACAGCCCGGUGUGAUCGACUCCCACUUGGUAAUGCACCAGCUGACCUGUAACGGUGUACUUGAAGGUAUCCGUAUCUGUCGUAAGGGAUUCCCCAACAGAAUGGUCUACCCCGACUUCAAGCUCCGAUACAAGAUCCUUAACCCUGCCGCCGUGUCUAAGGAGCCAGACCUCAACAAAUGCGCCCAGAUUAUUCUGGAGAGCAGCGGACUUGACCCUGACCAGUAUAGGCUGGGUCACACCAAGGUGUUCUUCCGCGCCGGAGUCCUCGGUCAGAUGGAGGAACUCCGUGAUGAACGUCUUGGCAAGAUCAUUGGAUGGAUGCAGUCCUACAUCCGCGGUUACCUCAGCCGUAAGGAGUUCAAGAAGAUCCAGGAACAGAGGUUGGCCCUGAUUGUCGUCCAGAGGAACUUGAGGAAGUACCUGUCCCUGAGGACCUGGCCCUGGUGGAAGAUGUGGACUCGCGUCAAGCCCCUUCUCAACGUUGUCGAUGUUGACGCUGAGAUGAGGAAAUUGGAGGAGAAAGUUCAGAAGACCGAGGAGGCCCUCGCCAAGGAGGAGAAGGCAAGGAAGGAGGUGGAGACCCUGAACGCCAAGCUGCUCCAGGAGAAGACCGCCCUCCUCAAGAACUUGGAAGGCGAGAAGGGAUCGCUCUCAUCCAUCCAGGAACGCGCCGCCAAAUUGCAGGCCCAGAAGGCUGAUUUGGAGUCUCAGCUCACCGACACACAGGAAAGGCUACAACAGGAGGAAGAUGCCAGGAACCAGCUCUUCCAACAGAAGAAGAAAUUGGAACAGGAAGUCUCCGGACUGAAGAAGGAUGUUGAAGACUUGGAACUCACCGUUGCCAAGUCUGACCAAGACAAGGCGACCAAGGACCACCAGAUCCGCAACCUGAACGACGAGAUCGCCCACCAGGACGAGCUGAUCAACAAGCUCAACAAGGAGAAGAAGGUGCAGGGAGAGACUGUGCAGAAGACAGCCGAGGAACUGCAGGCCGCUGAGGACAAGAUCAACCACCUCAACAAGGUCAAGACAAAGCUCGAGCAGACACUUGACGAGCUGGAGGACUCUCUCGAACGCGAGAAGAAACUCCGUGGUGACGUUGAAAAGACAAAGAGGAAGGUAGAGGGUGACCUGAAGCUGACUCAGGAAGCCGUCGCCGACCUGGAACGCAACAAGAAGGAACUGGAACAGACCAUUCAACGCAAGGACAAGGAAAUCGCAUCGCUCACCGCCAAACUGGAAGACGAACAAUCGCUGGUCGGCAAAUUGCAGAAACAGAUCAAGGAACUGCAGGCCCGCAUCGAGGAGCUCGAGGAAGAGGUUGAGGCCGAGCGACAGGCUCGUGCCAAGGCUGAGAAACAACGCGCCGACCUCGCCCGCGAGCUUGAGGAACUCGGCGAGCGCCUGGAGGAGGCUGGUGGAGCCACCUCGGCCCAGAUCGAGCUGAACAAGAAGCGCGAGGCCGAGAUGAGCAAGCUGAGGAGGGACCUCGAGGAGGCCAACAUUCAGCACGAGAGCACCCUGGCCAACUUGCGCAAGAAGCACAACGACGCCGUCGCCGAGAUGGGCGAACAGAUCGACCAGCUCAACAAGCUCAAGGCUAAAGUUGAGAAGGAAAAGUCGACAUAUCUUAGUGAGCUGAAUGACCUGAGAGCUAGUGUCGACCACCUCACCAACGACAAGGCCGCCGCCGAAAAGAUGGGCAAACAGUUGCAGCACAACCUUCAGGAAGUACAGGGCAAACUGGACGAGACCAACCGCACCCUCAACGACUUCGACGCCGCCAAGAAGAAGCUGAGCAUUGAGAACUCCGACCUGCUGCGUCAGCUGGAAGAGGCUGAAUCACAGGUGUCGCAGCUCAGCAAGAUCAAGAUCUCGCUCAGCACCCAGCUCGAGGACACCAAGAGGCUGGCUGAUGAGGAAUCCAGGGAGCGCGCCACAUUGUUGGGCAAGUUCCGCAACCUGGAGCACGACCUGGACAACAUCCGCGAACAGGUGGAGGAAGAGGCCGAGGGCAAGGCUGACAUCCAGCGCCAGCUGAGCAAGGCCAACGCAGAGGCGCAGUUGUGGCGCACCAAGUACGAGUCCGAAGGUGUUGCGCGCGCCGAAGAGCUCGAGGAAGCCAAGCGUAAGCUGCAGGCCCGUUUGGCUGAGGCUGAGGAGACCAUCGAGUCGCUGAACCAGAAGGUCGUUGCUCUGGAGAAGACAAAGCAGCGCCUGGCCACCGAAGUGGAGGACCUUCAGCUGGAGGUGGACCGUGCCACUGCCAUUGCAAACGCCGCCGAAAAGAAGGCCAAGGCCAUCGACAAGAUCAUUGGAGAAUGGAAGCUCAAGGUUGACGACUUGGCCGCUGAGCUUGACGCUAGCCAGAAGGAAUGCCGCAACUACUCGACCGAACUGUUCCGUCUGAAGGGAGCCUACGAGGAAGGCCAGGAACAGCUGGAGGCUGUGAGACGCGAGAACAAGAACCUCGCCGACGAGGUUAAGGACCUGCUGGACCAGAUCGGUGAAGGCGGUCGCAACAUCCACGAGAUCGAGAAGGCAAGGAAGCGCCUGGAGGUGGAGAAGGACGAACUGCAGGCAGCGCUGGAGGAGGCCGAAGCUGCCCUCGAACAGGAAGAGAACAAGGUGCUCAGGUCACAGCUCGAGUUGAGCCAGGUGCGCCAGGAGAUCGACCGUCGUAUUCAGGAGAAGGAGGAGGAGUUCGAGAACACAAGGAAGAACCACCAGCGUGCUCUGGACUCAAUGCAAGCCAGCCUGGAAGCCGAGGCCAAGGGUAAGGCUGAGGCCCUCCGCAUGAAGAAGAAGCUCGAGGCUGACAUCAACGAAUUGGAAAUCGCUCUUGACCACGCCAACAAGGCUAACGCCGAAGCCCAGAAGAACAUCAAACGCUACCAGCAACAACUGAAGGACGUGCAGACCGCUCUCGAAGAGGAACAGCGUGCACGCGACGAUGCACGCGAACAGUUGGGCAUCAGUGAGAGGCGCGCGAACGCUCUCCAGAACGAGCUGGAGGAGUCGCGAACACUGCUCGAACAGGCCGACCGCGGCCGUCGCCAGGCCGAACAGGAGCUCAGCGACUGCCACGAACAGCUCAACGAACUCAGCGCACAGGCCACCAGCGCUUCAGCCGCCAAACGCAAGCUCGAGAGCGAGUUGCAGACAUUGCAUGUGAGUAAACUAACCUUAAACAGUUUUUAAAAUGUAUACAGAUCAUAUAAAAUUUAUUUUCUCAAAAAAGUACUACAAAAAUAUCAGUAUUUGAAAUUAUACAUCAAUCAUUUAAAACUUAAUUUCACUUGAUAAUAUAUCUUGUAGUUUAAUCUUGAUAUUA